AUGGAAGUUUCUAAGGAAGUCAUUCCUUCGAAGACAUGCAUUCUCCAACGCACAAAGAAGCGAGCUAAAAGGCCUCAACAUUCUCCUCUUAGGCCAUGUGUUCCAGAUGUUGAAGUUCAAACCCCUACCAAAUCCCAUCACACUCAUUCUUCUUCUAAGGGGGUAAAGAAAAUUCGUAAACCUCAACUUAACAGACGAGGUGUUCUUAUUCGCGAAGUUCAUGCUCCUGUUUCACUAGCUUCCAUGAAACGUCAAGCAAAAGAGAUGGUUAAAAAAGCUUAA